UCACGGCACUCAACAUCAUCUGUAGUCUGGUUCUGAUCUCUUCACCACGGCUCUGGGCUGGCCAUCCUAGUGGCUCCCGUCCCUUGGCUUCUGUUCAGACUGUUCCCAGCGUGUGUGGAGUAUUGAUAAGCAUCCUUUGCCCAUUCAGUCCUUCCCAGCUUUCAGAAGACUGUAGUGUAAAAAUGGCCUGUCCUUUCAAGGAACCAUUUCUUUCUUUUAAAUAUUUACUCAUCUUUCAAAGGGAGACAGAAUAUGAGCCGGGGAGGAGCAGAGAGAGAGGGACACACAGAAUCCAGAGCAGGCUCCUGGCUCCACGCUGUCAGUACAGAGCCUCAUAUAGGUCUCGACCUCAUGAACUGUGAGAUCAUGACCUGAGCGGAAGUCGGAUGCCCAACUGAGCCUCCCAGGUGCCCCAAGAAACUUUUUCCAACUAGUUGUCCCUGUCUUCCUAAAGUACCUUUUCCACUCUGGUGGCUCAGUAUACUUUGCCUUUCUGGCAGUUGUAUGUAUGUGUCAAGCUCAGAGAGAGGCAGGACCUUGGUGUCUUAAUUCUAAGUCACCCCAGUGGCUAGCAUUGUACCUUUCUGAAAGUGGAUCCAUCACAGGGCUAAACAGUUAUUUUCUAUUUCAGGAUCGAAUCAUCAAUUUAGUUGUUGGCAGCUUAACAUCCUUAUUGAUUCUAGUAACGCUGAUCAGUGCUUUUGUUUUCCCUCAACUACCUCCAAAACCGCUGAAUAUAUUUUUUGCUGUCUGCAUCUCUUUGAGUAGUAUUACUGCCUGCAUACUUAUCUACUGGUAUCGACAAGGAGACUUAGAACCGAAAUUUAGAAAUCUAAUUUACUACAUCUUAUUUUCGAUCAUCAUGUUAUGUAUAUGUGCAAACCUGUACUUCCAUGACGUGGGGAAGUGAGGCUGCCAAGGAGAAACACUUAUCAGGUCUCUGCGAAGCUGUACACUUGGACUGUAAGAGCUGGGUGAGGUGUGCUGAAGAAUCUCCUGUGCAAGUCUGAUACAUGAUUUUCAUGUUAAUUGUAAAUCUAAAAUUCCCUCUUGCAGGGGAGACGUAUCCUAGAUUGCUUUGCUUUUUUCUUUAAGGAGCUGAUGUUGCACUGAAACAUUCCAAACCUUAA